AUGCAUCCUCGGGGGCUCCGUUGUUCCCGGCCCGGCUCCAUGGCCACAGGUGCCAACGUUCCAGGGCUGCCAGGCACCGGCGGGUCCCCGGUGACAACGGCCGCGCUGUCCCCGCUCAGCCGCGCUCCGGUGGCCGCUCCGCUCUCGGCGUUCCCGGUGACCGGGGCUCUGCCUCGUCCCUUGCCCGGCCAUGCCGACCUCAGGCACCACAGGAGGACCAGGAUCAGUGGGUGGGGAGCCCGGAGCAGCCCGAUGCCCCAGCCCCAGGUGCCUGUUGGGGGGCAGAGGCCUCCCCAGGAGGGCUCCGUGGCCGUGGUGCUGCGUGUGAGACCCCCCAACCCCCGGGAGCGAGCUGCGCCCCCCAUCCUGCACGUCCUGAGCCAGCGCGCCGUGCUCUUCACCUCCGAGGAGCCCGGCGGCACCGGCACCGGCCCCGGCACCAGCCCCGGCCCCGGCCGCCGCCGCAGGAGCCUCGAGUUCGAGUUCGACCACGUUUUUGGCGAGAGGGCCACGCAGGAGGAGGUGUUCGAGCACACCACGCUGCCUCUGCUGGACACGCUCCUCGCUGGCUACAACUGCUCCGUGUUUGCCUACGGAGCCUCAGGGGUUGGGAAGACCCACACCAUGAUGGGCACCAAGAGGACUCCUGGCAUUGUGCACCUGGCCACGGUGGAGCUCUACAAGAGGCUCGAGGCCAUGAAGGACAGGAGCUGGGAGGUCCUGGUCUCCUACCAGCAGGUGUACAAGGAACGUGUCUAUGACCUGCUGAAGCCCCAGGGCGCUCUGAACGUCUGGGAGCAGCCCGGGAAAGGAGUCGUGGCACAGGGCCUCUCCUUGCACCAGCCCACAACUCCAGAGCAUCUCCUGGCCUUGUUGGCCAAAGGCAACAAAAACCGGGCCCAGCGCUCCACCAAGGCCAACGCCGCCUCCUCCCGCUCCCACGCCAUCUUCCAGAUCCAGGUGAAGCACUGGGACAUCACUGGAGGCCCCACCAGGGACCCGCGUGUGGCCAAGCUGAGCUUCAUCGACCUGGCGGGCUCGGAGCGAGCCUGGGAAACGCCGGGCCGGGGAGAGGGGAUGUGGGAGGGCACCAGCAUCAACCGCUCCCUGCUGGCCUUCAAAAGCGUGGUCCGUGCUCUGGCCGGAGCCAAGGGUGGGCAGAGCCACGUGCCGUUCCGGGACAGCAAACUGACGCUGCUGCUGAAGGACUCGCUGGUGGGCAGCUUCCGCAGCACCGUGAUCGCCGCCGUGAGCCCCGCGGCGCCCGCCGGCCCCGACACCUACAGCACGCUGCGCUUCGCCAGCCGCGCCCGGCACAUCAUGCUGCCGUCCCUGCAGGACACUGGGGCGUCUCCCUGCAGCUCCAGAACAGCCUCCCCGUCCGAUCUGCAAUUCCAGACCAAGACACCAAGUCCCCUUCAGCAGGACCAGAAGCAGAAACCCUGCCCUGAUGAAAUUACUGAGAAGACAAAGGAAGAGUCCUCAGGGCUGGAGGAGCCCAGAGAUCUGGAGGAGUCCUCAGGGCUAGAGGAGUCCUCAGGGCUGGAGGAGCCCGAAGAUCUGGAGGAGUCCUCAGGGCUGGAGGAGCCCAAAGAUCUGGAGGAGUCCCCAGGUCUGGAGGAGUCCCCAGGGCUGGAGGAGCCCAAAUAUCUGGAGGAGUCCCCAGGGCUGGAGGAAGCUGCACUUCCCUGUUGCCUUGAAGAGCUCAGCGAGGCUGCCCCAGCCCCAGGAAUGCAGCUGAGCUCUGCAGCCGAGGCUCCUGUGACCAUGCCAGACUCCCCUGUGCCCAUCACGGCCCCGCUGUGCUGCCAGGAGCUCUCUCCAUGCUCCAGCCCCAUCUCUGUGUGGCCUGUGAUGAGGAUGCUCGAGUCGAGCAGCGAUUCCCAAUCAGAAAACUCCCGUGGCUCCCGAACACGGAGGAAGCGCCGGCGGGCCUGGAAGGCAGCAAGCACUCCUGGGGCAGGGCAGAGCUCCCCCGUGCCCCUGAAGCCCCGCAGUGCCAGCAGCGCCAGCUGCCAGCCCUCCCCUCGGCCGGGCACCCAGAGCCCUGGCACCGCGGCACCAGCACGGACCCCCAGCCCCCUGCCCGGGCCGGCUCCAGAGCUGCUUCCCCCGAGCCCUGAGCAGCAGCAGCAGCAGCCAGAGCUCCAGGAAGCCCCCCCGAGCCCCCUCCCGAGCUCCCCUCCCAGUGCCCAAACCCCAAAGGCCUCCAGCUCCUCUGGCAGCUCCUCGAGCAACUCCUCCUGCCCCAUACCACCCUUCUGGCCGUGGCUCCAGCCCAGUGCCCACCUCUGUGCCCCCUCUGUUGGCACAGUGCUGUAUGUGUGUUUGCAGGUUAUGAGUGGGUUUAGGAAAUAG